CCGAUCUGUUUACAACCAUGAGGUCUGUAGCUGCCCUACUGAUCACUUGCUGCCUGGUUCCCCUGGUCCAUACAGCCUGCUAUAUGGAAAUGGCAAAGGUUGAUUUAGAACAACCGGGGCUGAGGUUCUGUGAAGAUUCCUGGGAUCACACCCAGCACCGUGUUGGGUCAAACUGGGUGAACUCUGGAUGCCAGAGCUGCAGCUGCAGUGCCGGCGGCAUGCAGUGUUGUGACAGAAUGGCACGACCAAGUGGAUAUCCUGCAGACUGCGAAGUGCUGUAUGACUGGAAGGAAUGCACCUAUGAAGUAGUGAAGAAGAACAAUCCUGAUAUUACAUGUCCCCAUAAUGCAGUUGGGAAAUAAUAAGCUUCUAAGUGCAAGAAUGCAUUAUGUAACAUG